GUAAUUGUACCGGAAGUAAGAUUGCUCCGCUGUCAGGACGCUUCGCUGUCAUGUGACUAUUCACAGCUAUAAGGAGAAGGCAGUGACAUAUAGUGGCCGGGUGUCCUCCCCAGACCUGUGCCAGGGCCACAAUGGAAUCCUUCUUCAUAAAAUCACCUGUAUCUACUCUUUUUGCCUCCUCUUUGCUGGUGCCAAUGCUUCUAUUCAUCUUGCCCAAUAUUUUGGUUAUUUCCUCCCUCUCCCUCUGCCCAUCAAUUUGCAUUUGUGACUCUAGCUCCCUUUUUGUAAACUGCUCAGGAACAAACCUAACUAACAUUCUAAUCUCUCCUCCUUUGGUAGUUGAAUUCCUUGACCUCUCUGAUUGCUCUUUGUAUUCCAUUCCUCUCCUCCGCAACCUUUGGAGACUCCAUGCAAUGCUACUGGCACAUAAUGCAAUUUCAGAAGUCAAAAAUGGAUCUUGGAGAGGCUUACAGAGCUUGGAAAUCCUGGAUCUUAAUGACAACAAUAUUACAGAUUUAGGAGGAAGCUUUUCUAUUGACCUUGAUUCUCUCACGCAUCUCUAUCUUGCACAUAAUGUGUUGCACAGUGUCAUGAGAUAUAAUUUCAAACACCUACACAGUCUGGAAUUAUUAGAUCUGCAAGGAAACUUAAUUUCUAAGUUGGAACCUGGAGCUCUGAGAUCCCUUACCCAGCUACGUCGUUUGCUGCUCCAGAACAAUCAACUGCAAAGCCUGAGAGGUGAUGACUUUUCUGUUCUACAAAAACUUGAAUUCCUUGACUUGUCUAGAAACCAGAUCCAAGAUCUGCCCUCUGUGUUAUUUACACCUCUUCAUUCCCUCACCUUCCUUAAUCUGCAACAUAACAAUCUACGCCACUUGCGCUUCCAAACUUUAAGCAACCUGCCAGCGCCUGGAACUCUUCUCUUGCUUUCAUUUAAUCCUUGGGAGUGUGAUUGUGAUCUUCAGCGUGUGUUUGGGAAACUAGGAAGUUUGCACAAAAUAAGCUUACAGGAUGGAGGUAACUUGUAUUGUGCAGAUCCUGCAGCACUUAGAGGAAGACCAAUUACCUCCUUGGAUACCCGACUCUGUGUAGCAGAAACUGUGACUGUGCUGGUCAUCACUUUGACUGUACUGGUAACUGUAAUUGGAGCUAUAGUAACAGCUGAAAGAAGACGUAAAAAAAGCCCUGGGAGUCCAGGGAGAGAGAUGUAUGCCCAGGACUGAUAGGAGAAAGGAAAAUGCUUAUUUUGACUAUGUAAGAUAUGGUGUAGUAAGUUUGUCAGCACAUGAUGACAAAUUAAAAUGUACACACUCAAUUGUUAUACAAAUGGAAGCUUUCCGUGGCUUUAGCUCAUCUCCCCCACAUCUAAAAGUAAAAGAGGUCACUAGGACCUUUCCAAAGGGAGGCCUCUAUUAUCCUUAUGUGCAGAAAUUAACAUUUGCAAGGCUGUCCUUAUUCAAUAUAUGGGUUUUGGUGCAAUUGCAUACCUUGUAACUCUCACGGUUCCUGGUUACCAGCUGUGUAGGUAAAGGACCUUGUCUCGCCCAUCCCAUUACUAAAUUAAAGCACUGGACAAAAUGCAGUGGAAA